GCGGAGCUUCCGGUGCCUGCCCGGUCGCAUUUACCACGUGGGCAGCGGCGACGGCAAGGAGGGGGAAGUAGCAGCAGCAGCUUUCUUCGCCUCAGCGAUGGGGGGCCUGGAGAAAAAGAAGUAUGAGAGGGGUUCUGCCACCAACUACAUCACCAGAAACAAAGCCCGGAAGAAGCUUCAGCUGAGCCUUGCAGACUUCAGGCGGCUGUGCAUCCUGAAGGGGAUUUACCCCCACGAGCCCAAGCAUAAGAAGAAAGUAAACAAAGGAUCUACGGCUGCCCGGACUUUCUAUCUCUUGAAAGACAUAAAAUUCCUCCUCCACGAACCCAUCGUCAACAAGUUCCGAGAAUAUAAGGUGUUUGUCCGCAAGCUGCGCAAAGCGUACGGGAAAAGCGAGUGGAACACUGUGGAACGACUGAAAGACAACAAGCCGGGUUAUAAAUUGGACCACAUCGUUAAGGAAAGGUACCCGACGUUUAUCGAUGCCGUGCGCGAUCUGGACGACGCGCUGUCCAUGUGCUUCCUCUUCGCCACCUUCCCACGCACCGGCAAGUGCCACGUCCAGACGAUCCAGCUCUGCCGCCGGCUCACGGUGGAGUUCCUCAACUACGUCAUUGCCUCCCGUUCUUUGCGCAAGGUGUUUCUGUCCAUUAAAGGAAUCUACUAUCAGGCGGAGGUGAUGGGGCAGGCGGUCACUUGGAUAACCCCGUACGCCUUUUCCCACAAUCAUCCAACCGACGUGGAUUACAGAGUGAUGGCCACCUUCACUGAGUUCUACACCACCCUCCUCGGCUUCGUCAACUUUCGUCUCUACCAGUCCCUCAACUUCCACUAUCCUCCAAAGAUUGAAGGCCAGUCUUUAGUUGAGCAGAAGCCGGAGGAAGGAGAGGCCUACGCCUUGGACUCGGAGAGCUACUUGGAGAAACUGUCGGCUCUCAGCGCCAGCCUGGCCCGGGUGGUUGCACCAAACCCAGAGGACGAAGCAGAAGUGGAUGAGUUCCCUGUGGAGGGAGAGAGUGCCGAACAGCAGGAAGCCCGGCAGAAGGAGCAGGAAGCCCUGGAAAAGCAGAAGAAGCUCUUCGAGGGGCUGCGCUUCUUCCUCAACCGGGAGGUGCCCCGGGAACCGCUGGCUUUCGUCAUCCGGUGCUUUGGGGGCGAAGUGUCCUGGGAUAAAUCGGUUUGCAUCGGUGCCACCUACGACGUGACAGAUCCAAAGAUCACCCAUCAAAUUGUGGACCGGCCUGGCGUGGAGGAGCAAGUGAUUGGCAGGUAUUACCUCCAGCCCCAGUGGGUCUUUGACUCCGUCAAUGCAAAGAUGUGCCUUCCCGUGGCAGAUUAUUUCCUGGGCGUGGUGCUGCCUCCUCACCUCUCGCCCUUUGUCACUGAGAAGGAGGGCGACUACAUCCCGCCAGAGAAGCUGAAGCUCUUAGCCUUGCAGCAGGGUGAUAAGCCAGGUAACCGGGCUGGGUCCUUUGAGAGCGAGUCAGAAGAGGAGGAGGAAGAGGGAACCGCGAGCUCAGCAGAGGAGGACAACGAGGAGGAAGAGUCUGAUAAAGAAGAGGAAGGAAGACUGGCAAAGAUGGAAGAACAGAGGACACAAAGCAAGAACCUCCCUGUGAAGGUGACGGCCGGCAGAGUCCUGAAAGAGGACAAGCAGAGGCUGAGGCAGGAAGAGGAAAGCGAGGAGAAGCGCCUGGCCAUCAUGAUGAUGAAGAAGCGGGAGAAGUACCUGUACCAGAAGAUCAUGUUUGGGAAGAAGCGCAAGAUCCGGGAGGCCAACAAGCUGGCAGAGAAGAGAAAAGCUCACGACGCCGUCGCAAAGUCAGAGAAAAAGAAGAGCAAGAAGGCCCGGCGGGAGUAACGGGAGCUUUUGGCCUCCCUUGGUCCUUUCACAAGUGGACCUCCCAAGGUGGACCCAUCGGGUUGGGCGCUGCCCCUCUCAGGUGGAAAUGGGGAACCUCAGCAAGCGCCCUCGCUCUCUUGCCUUCUUCCCCGAAUCCUGUUUUGCCUGAGGCGGAACUGCUCCAAACAGGAACACUGCGACAUUGGCCCCAUCACGAAGAGCUUCUUUGGAAGAGGAUCCGCUUUGUUUUAAAAAAUAGAGAUUCUCUUGAAGGAUUUCUUAAUGGUGUGAUGCUCCCCGAGGGCCCCAUCCAGUCAUCCAGUCCGGAUGUUUUUUUUUUUCUUUUCUGAACCCUGACAGAGUUACACUGCCCCGUGGCGGAAGGUGGGGCUGAUUUUUCCUGGAUCAUUGUCCCCGUGUGGCCACUGAGACCAUGGAGAGGACUGUUGUGGUCCAAGAAAAGAGGGUGGUUCACCUACAAAUGCUUUCUGGAUCUCUCCCCAUCUCUGGACUGUUUUGGCACAGAAUCGAAUAAAUGGGCGUAAGCCUCACAAAGCCAUCAAGGAGACCUCAUUUUGAAUUCAUUUUUUUGGGAAGGCAGAAUGCUUUAGAACCCUUGUUGUACUUUGUAAAUAAACAGGGAACGAGCGUAAGAGCUCAGCUUAGACAACCCAUCUAUGGAACAGAGCAGGUUGGGAAAGAAAAGCAGAGUUCUGUGUGCUUGUUUGCUUGCUUGUCCACUAGAAGCCCGGCACAAUCUGCAUAUCUAGAGUAACACAUUAUGGCCCUGGACUGUUGCGGUUUUCACUGUAAAUUGCAAGGUAAUUCUGUUUCCUCUCAUUAAAGGGGACGUUGAAGUUAUGGUUUUCAGCAGGGUUUUGAGACCUAUCAUGAUGCCAAGAUGGCGAAUGAUUUGCCUGUUACCUGUCCAAAGUUUGGUUGUUCUGUCUUGGUCCUCUUGCAGUGGCUGAGAACGGGACUAAAGCCAUGUUUUUUUUUUUAAAAAAAUGAACAGUCCUGUGGAUUGUGGGAGCCAAACAAGCUGGUCCUCUCUUAGAUUUGGAAAAUAACCUGUUGCGAACCUAGUAUUUCACUGCUGCAUGUGUAACAAUUCUGUUUUCCAGAACUUGACUAUUACUAAUUAUACUUAAAAGGUUCUCCAUUUGGAUUGAUGGUUGGAACGGAUGAGGAGAUGAAAGAUACUCUUGCAUGAUACCUUAGCCUAUGGGAAUCCACUCCGUUUCUCCACAUGCUGUCCCAACCAUAGCUUCUUGUCCACAGAGUGUAAGUUACGCCUCAGGACAAUUGGGUGUUGAUCCAUACACGUUUAUUUUGGAAUGACUUGAUCUAGGACCUGCUUGUUUGUCUUUCUGGCAGUCCUCAAAGGUCUCCUCUAAACCCCCCCAUUUCAAAUCCAUGUUUUUUCCCCGUUAGCUUUCUUCAGCAUCCAACUUUCACACCCAUCCAUGGUGGAAAUACAAGAGUGUGGAUGGUCGUGGUCUCCAGUGGCACAACCUUACAUUAAAGACGAUCAUUUAUUUCAACAUUGA